GCUAUCGCCUCGGCCACACAACACGGCAGAAGGAAAUGGCGGCCUCUGCUCCGCCCUCUUGCGUCCGCAUCUCCUCCUCCACACCUCCACUGACCGCUCUCCACCGGCCACGCCGCCGGCGCGUCCCCUCCGUCCGAUGCUCACUCGCCGCCGCCCCCGGUGUCCGGGCACCGGCGGAGCUCGUGGACUCUAUCCUCUCCAAGGUCAAGGGAACUGACAGGGGAGUGCUGCUGCCGAAAGAAGGCCAUGAGGAGGUCGCGGAUGUCGCGCUGCAGCUAGGGAAGUAUUGCAUCGACGAGCCCGUCAAGUCCCCGCUUAUAUUCGGAGAGUGGGAGGUGGUGUACUGCUCGGUGCCGACAUCACCCGGAGGGAUUUACCGGACCCCCCUCGGCCGUCUGGUGUUCAAAACCAACGACAUGGUUCAGGUGGUGGAAGCCCCUGACAUAGUCCGGAACAAAUUGUCCCUCUCCGUCUUUGGUCUCGACGGUGCGGUGUCCUUGAAAGGCAAGCUGAAUGUAUUGGACAGCAAGUGGAUUCAGGUAAUCUUUGAGCCCGCGGAACUGAAGAUAGGCGCCUUGGGGUUUCAAUAUGGUGGCGAGAGCGAAGUCAAGCUGGAAAUCACCUACGUCGACGAGAAGAUCAGGCUUGGAAAAGGAUCUAGAGGCUCACUUUUCGUCUUCCUGAGACAGUAAUAGAAGGGUCAAGGGCAGGGUGGUAUGUUACCAUACCACCAUUGGGUGUGCUACUGUGCUUAAGGCCACAAGGUAUAGCGGCCAUAUGGUCAUCUGCACAGUAACUGUAUUCAGAUGUAAGUUCAGAGAUCAAACCCUUGAAGUAGUUUUCCCGGAUA